CCCAUGUCCACCGCGCUGUCUCCUCCCUCUGACGACCACGGUCUGCAGGGCGGGACCGUCGGUGGAGCGCAUGAGCGGAGGGGUGGCGAGUGCCAACGAGGAUCGUCGCCGCCCUCGCACCACGUGAUCGGUCUGCGUCCAGGGUCGGUCUUGACUGGAAGGCAAAUGGCUUUCGUCUGAUGCCCUCAGACUCCAGAGCGUCCACCACUCGCCAGCCCACCCAACCCCUCGCCGCCAUGGAAAUCCUGCCACAAGCCUCGAUUGUCAAGCUGAUCCAAGAGCGGCUCUACGAUCAGCUGAACCAGUACUAUCAAAACCGGGAAACCCAGGCCUUUCUCAGCUUCCAGGUCGUGCCCGGCGAUGCCGCUGCCGCUGCUACCAAUGCAAGCGCCCAAGUCCAGGCCUUGGACGCACACGCAGCACCAAGCUCGGUGCCGGUGCCAGUGUCGGUGCCUGCAAAGUUCACUGUUCAGUAUCCUACCGAGCUGGACUACAGCGCAUUUGUCCUCAUCAAUCUGAUCCAAAACAACGUGGCGGCGGCCCGGUUCAUCCUCAAGCGUGCCCAGCCCGCUGCGGUCCUCGAGGCCUCCGCAAACUUCCAGCUGGCGACCCGACUGACGGUCUACUUUUAUCGACGAGAGCUGUUCCGGAUCUACGACGACAUCAGGGCCCAUGACGCCGACUCGGACAUUGUCCGGCUGCUUCUUGUCGAGAUCGAGGCAGUUGCGCGCGGACGAGCGUUCAAGCUGCUGGAGCAGUCCUACCGAUCCAUCCGAAUCGAAGAUGCCAAGAAAUGGCUCGGAUAUGAUUCCGAAGACGACUUCAUUGCGGCAGUCGAGGAGCGAGGCUGGAAGCUGACGGGGCAGUUUGUGGAGCCGGCGCAGCCGGCGGCCGACCUCGCUGCCACGGACGCUUCACAGCACCACUCGCUCGCGGCGGAGCUGAAGCAAAUGGAUUCCCUCGUCAACUAUGCCGUCAGGUUGGAAAACUAGCAGGCCCCAAGCACGCCGAGCGAAGGAAGUGGGGGAGAGGCCGCUCUGGAUUGUGGGGGAUGCGGCUUCGGACUCAAUACACCCAUAUGCAUUACAGGAUUCGCAUGGGCGGUGGCGACGCUCUGUCUUGGUCACUGGCCUCGGGUCGUUGGUUUUGGGUUGCUGGCUUUGGGUCGUUUGCCUCUGGCCUCGACUUCCAGGGGGUGGGCAGCAUGACGGCCUGGAUGGCGGCU